AAACAGGUUUUCUAGAGAGAGAAAAUUUGAGAGAGAGAGAGACUGUGUGUAAGCAAAUUUUGACCUUUCAAUUUCUUUGUGUAUCCCGCAUCUAAUCUAGGGUUUCAAGUUCAUCGAUCCAUCAUCUUCCUCGUCAAACAUCAUCAUCUUCAUCUAAAUUUCCCCCAAAUGGAUGUAAAAAUCCAAAUCUAAAACUCGCCGAUCGUUCAUCAGCGCCUCCGUUUACAGAUCUAAAAAAUCUCGCCCUAAAUUGGUCUUUUUUUUGUUUGUCGAACAACGGAUCAAGAUCAGUUAUAAAUUGUGUUUGUUUUUUGUGAUUUAACUGAGACGAUAAGAUGAAUUCAAUCAAUCGAACGGAAAAACUUGAUGAUUGAUGAUAGAUUAGUGAUCUGUAUGUAUAUGAAUCUGUACACUGAACAACAAGAACAAAUCGAAGAAGACGAAGGGGAAAAGAGAGAGAGAAAUUAUCGCUCAAGAUUCUGAUAAUUUUUCUUUUUUACUUUUUGGAAUUUUUUUAUAAAGAAAUUGAUUUUUGAAGGAAAAACAGAAUGUAUAAAUCUGUGGUGGCUGUUUGUGAUGGGGAAAAAGUACUUGGUGAUGUUGAGGUUUAUUUUAAUCCUCAUCUGAUGAAUCUGAAUAUGAGAGAGAAAUUGAAGGACAAAAUCCGGAUUUCGUACUAUUCCACACCAAGUGAGAGGUGCUCGCCACUUGCUGUUCUUCACACCAUUACUUCACCAACAACUGGGGUUUGCUUGAAAUUGGAGUGCAGCAACACCAUCAACUCGAACUCGCAGCUCCAUCUGUUGCACUCUUCAUGUCUCAGGGAGAACAAGACUGCUGUUGUCUCACUUGGUGGAGAGGAGCUUCACUUGGUAGCCAUGCGCUCUAGGAGAAACGACUUAUUUCCGUGCUUUUGGGGGUUUAAUGUUGCACCAGGACUUUAUGAGUCAUGCCUUGUCAUGCUGAACCUUAGAUGUCUUGGCAUCGUGUUUGACCUUGAUGAGACGCUCAUAGUGGCCAAUACAUUGCGGUCAUUUGAGGAUAGGAUUGAAGCCCUACAACGGAAAGUGAGCUGUGAGGUUGAUCCACAGCGUGUUGCUGGUAUGCUUGCUGAGAUCAAACGCUAUCAAGAUGAUAGAAAUAUAUUGAAGCAAUAUGCGGAGAGCGAUCAAGUUGUUGACAAUGGCAAGGUAAUCAAGUCGCAGUCUGAGGCUGUCCCCGCGUUGUCAGACAACCAUCAACCUCUUGUCCGUCCACUUAUAAGAUUACAGGAGAAGAACGUCAUUCUCACACGUAUCAACCCACUGAUCCGUGAUACAAGUGUCCUUGUGAGACUGAGACCUGCAUGGGAGGAUCUUAGAAGCUACUUGAUCGCAAGAGGACGGAAGCGAUUUGAGGUUUAUGUUUGUACGAUGGCUGAAAGGGACUAUGCUUUGGAAAUGUGGAGGCUUCUUGAUCCAGAUUCAAAUCUAAUAAGCACAAAAGAGUUACUUAACCGCAUUGUGUGUGUGAAAUCUGGUAAGUUGUAUGGGAAUUACUCAAACCGUACUUGUUGUGUGGCCGACACUUGUCCAUAUGAAUGGAAAGCCGAUUACCUAGCUUGUGUUUCUUCAAUUACAUCGCGUAGUUGUUACUCAUCAUUCGUGUUCCAUAAAUGUUAUAUGAGCAAUUUAAUAGUCAUACUUAUUUCCAUUUUAUCAGGGUUGAAGAAAUCACUCUUUAAUGUUUUCCAAGAUGGAAACUGCCAUCCCAAGAUGGCGUUAGUUAUUGAUGAUCGUCUGAAGGUGUGGGACGAGAAAGAUCAACCUCGUGUUCAUGUCGUUCCUGCUUUUGCUCCAUAUUAUGCUCCUCAAGCUGAAGCAAACAGUGCUGUUCCUAUCCUUUGUGUUGCAAGAAAUGUUGCUUGCAAUGUCAGAGGUGGUUUUUUCAAAGACUUCGAUGAUGGCCUUCUGCAGCAAAUUACUGAAGUUGCACAUGAAGAUGAAAUCAAAGAUAUUCCUCUGCCUCCAGACGUGAGCAACUAUUUGAUUUCUGAGGAUGAUGCUUCUGCUUUAAAUGGGAACAAAGAACCACUUGGUUUUGAUGGAAUGGCAGAUGUUGAAGUAGAAAGAAGAUUGAAGGAUGCUAUAGCUGCUUCAACCAUCUCUCCAGUGAUACCUACCCUAGAUCCGGUACUCAAGACAACUUUCCAGUACAAUACUGCACCUGCAGCCAUGCCUCAGCCAACAAUAGUGCCACCAACAAUUCCAGGGCCAAUUGUCCAAUACCCCAAUAAGCAAUUGCCUCAGGCAACCCCUGUACUUGAACCAUUCACUAAAGUUAAUCUUCCCGAAACAAGCUUGCAUAGUUCUCCUGCAAGGGAAGAGGGUGAGGUGCCAGAAUCUGAACUGGAUCCUGAUACAAGGAGGCGGCUACUCAUUUUGCAACAUGGUAUGGACAUGAGAGAUCAAAUUAGCAGUGAACCUCAGUUUCCUGUAAGGCCUCCUCCAAUGCAAGUUUCCGCUCCUCGAGUCGACUCACGUGGAGGCUGGUUCCCAAUGGGGGAGGAGAUAGGUCCAAGACAACUAAACCGAAUAGCACCUCCUAAAGAAUUCCCUCUACAUCCUGAGCCUAUGCACAUCGAGAAAAAACACCCUCUUCGUGCACCACUCUUUGUUCAAAAGGUGGAAACUUCUUUACUUCCUGAUAGAGUUCUUGAAAAUCAGAGACUUCCUAAGGAGGCCCUUCAAAGGGAUGAUAGGUUGAGGUUAAGCCAUUCUCCGCCUGUUUACCCCUCGUUUCCAGGGGAGGAAAGUUCCUUGGGUCAAUCAUCAUCCAGCAACCGAGAUAUGGAUAUUGAAGCUGGCAACAGUGAUUCUUAUGCUGAAUCCCCUGCUGAAUAUCUACAUUAUAUUGCCUACAAGUGUGGAACUAAGGCAGAAUUCAAGCAGGCUUUGGUCCCUAGCAUUGAACUGCAGUUCUCUUUUGAGGUAUGGUUUGCUGGAGAGAGAAUUGGUGAAGGAAGUGGGAGAACACGAAGGGAAGCUCAACAUCAGGCUGCUGAGGCAUCUCUUAUGAACUUGGCAGGUGAUGUUGCAGAUAAGUAUUUAUCUCGCCUAAAAUCUGGCACAAGCUCUGUUCAUGGAGAUGAUGGAAGAUUUGUAAAUGACGGAAGUUCUUUUGGACAUCAGUCUUUGUUGAGGGAGGAGUCUAUGACAUUUUCAACUGCAUCUGGACCCAUGAGGGCUCUAGAUACAAAGUUGGAUGGGUCAAAGAAAGGGUCGAUUGCUGCACUUAAUGAACUUUGCAUGAUGGAGGGUUUGGGCAUGACUUUCCAACCUCAGCCUCAAGCUUCAACUAAUAUGGGACAGAACAACGAAUUAUAUGCUCAGGUUGAAAUAGAUGGGGAAGUGUGGGGUAAGGGAGUUGGGUUAACAUGGGAUGAAGCGAAGAUGCAGGCGGCAGAAACUGCUUUUCAAAAUUUGAAAUCAAGAAUCGGGCAAUAUCCUCAAAAACGUCAACCUUCUCCCAGAUCGUUUCAAGGAAUGUCAACGAAACGGUUUAGGCCAGAGUAUCCGAGAGUUUUACAACGAAUGCCAUCUUCAGCACGAUAUCCUAAGAACGCUUCUCCUGUUCCUUGACAACAUCCAAACAGAACUCCUAAUCUGACCAAAUUCCAACGAUUGGAUCCUUAUUAACUACGAACGCUGCGUUACUGUGAGUAAAAUCCUCUAUAUCUGACUGAUGUAUACCCAUCCAUCACUGACCGAAGCCGUCGAGACCACGCCAUUUGACUGCUUCUUUGCCGCAAUUUGGUAAAUUUUUUGAAACUUGGAUCCAUGGUACAAAGAUGGAGAAGCAGAUUGUAUCGGACUUUUCCCUUCAUUCACUUCCACAUCCUACCCUGUUUAUCGGCUUCUUUUGACACUUGGAUGGUGGAAAAUGGUCGUUAUCCCGCCAAUAGUUCUGCCAAUGUCGGAAACUAGCAUUGGCAAUCAAUGCGGUUUCUUGAUUUUCGCGUGACCGAUGAUUGGUGUCGAUUUGGAAGCAGCCAAAGACAUGAUUUUUGCUGACUCAUUAAGAUGGUGUUUGUAACUUUGUAAUUUGUAGUUACUGCCAUUAGAGGUUGGAUAUUUUUUUUAUAAAAUAUUUUACCAUUUUUUAGUUAUAUUUAAGCUCUUGGGCAGUAGCCAUGAGUUUUUUGCAAAAAUGGGUUGGUUUUGAAAAAGGUUUGUAAAAAUAGGUUAGUUUUAUUUUUGU